AUGGUGGCGAGUAUGGGGCUGGCGGGGGAUACGUCGAUGACGAAGGUUUUCGUCGGGGGGUUGGCGUGGGAGACGCAGAAGGAGUCGCUGAGGGAACACUUCGACAGGUACGGAGAGAUCCUGGAGGCUGUGAUCAUCUUCGACAAGGCUACAGGCAGAUCCAAGGGCUAUGGUUUCGUAAGUCUCUCCUAUCUCUACGAGAUCGCUCAAUCAGCGGCAUCGUUAUUGAUUUACAGCGAGACAGAGAGAGAUAGAGAGAGAGAGACUCAUGUUCUCACUCCGGAUUUCCAAUUUUCUGGAAUGUGGGCUUUCCGGUGGCCGCUGCAGGUGACGUUCAAGGAAGCGGAAGCGGCAAAGAAGGCAUGCGAGGAGGCGACGCCAGUAAUCAAUGGGCGGCGGGCCAACUGCAACCUCGCCUCACUGGGGGCGCGUCGCAUCAGAUCCUCAUCCCCCGCAUCUGCCGCCGCCGCCGCCGUCUCACAGCCCCAGCAAGGUAUCCAUAUCCCCUCCACUCCCUCUUUGGUCUCCGGAAUUUGCCGCGUUUCAACCGGUAACGCCAUCGCCGCCUCCAUCACUAGGUCUGGUGGCGCCGAAAUCCAGGGUGAUGACCCCCCCGCCGCUGCCGGCCAGCGCCGCCGUACCGCUGUACUACCCCUACGCAGCGCCGCCAUUCCAGCAUCACUAUCACGGCAUUCCUUACUACGUCUCUUACGGGUACGUGAAGAACUGUCCCUGCCUCACACUCUUCUUCUCCUGGUCAACGUGAUCUCGCCUCGGGAAAUCCAACCGGUCCGUUUAACUAUUUACUUCGGAUCAACUGCCAGCUAUCCAACGUUGUUCUCUUUAAGCCCGGGUCCACACAGGCUGCCUUGUCCUCUCCACCACCGGUCGCCCGGUUAGGCCAAGGUGGGCACCACAUCUCCAGAGCUGAGUGCCAAGGGGUGGACCGUUGACCAACCACGUCUCUGAUGAUGAGCUUCCACCGGAUGCCGAUGGCACGCCCGCCUUAGUCAAUCACAAGAAACUGAAUGCCUAGUUAGGAAUAAAUUCGUAUAGUUUGACAUAUUCUUCUUUAAUAUUAGGCUAUUCUUACAGAUAAUUCCAUGGGGAUUUACCUUGUAAAGCAUGAGUAGAUCAGCAUCUUGUUCCUAGAUAUUGGAUUAUCUUAUACUGAUAAUUCAAUGGAAGUAUUCACUGUCAUACCGUAGUAAUUGGAAUCGACUAGGAAUAAACACAAUGAUUUUUUUUUGUUACAUGAUCAGUCAGUGUGAGUUCAUUAUUGCGUGAAAUCCACGAACAUGAAUUGUUUCGUCUUCGUUUGAUUCUCCUCAGAUACACGCCUUCGUACGUCGCCGAUGUGGGCUACAGCCGGGUAAGAACUCCCUCGAUCAUCUUUAAGAUCUUUCUAGGGAGAUUCACGAUUCAUGGAAUUGUUCUGGACGACUUCGCAUGGGAGGGCUAACGAUCUGAGAAUUUGGCCGCGACGGCAGAAGCUCAGCCACCCCGGCGGCGGAAGCGCUGCCGGCUACUUGCCGGCGCAGUUCCCCCCGGCGUCGUACCCGGCGGAGCAGGCGGGUCUUCUCGUCCACGGCGCGCCGCUGCCCUACUACCCCUGGUACCACUGGCAACAGCAGGCCCAGGCCGUCGGCGUCCCCACACACGCCCUCGCCCCCGCCACCCCCACCGCCGUCGCCAAUGUCCCAGCCGUCGUCAUCUCCAAACCCCCUCCCCCGAGGCCCCCCGCCACCGGUAAGAAAAUAUCUCUAUCUAUCUAUCUAUCUAUCUGUCUAUCUUUCUCGCGAUCUGUCGAUCUGCCUAUCUAUCUAACUCUCUCUCUCUCUCUGUAUCUGUGUACCUACUCAUCUGUCUAUCUUUCUCGCGAUCUCUCUCUCUGUCGAUCUAUCCAUCUAACUCUUUCUCUAUCUCUCUCUCUCUAUAUAUUAUCCAUCUAUCUGUCUAUCUAUCUAUCUAUUUAUCUAUCUAUCUAUAUAUUUUUCUGUCUAUCUUUCUCGCGAUCUAUCUGUCGAUCUGUCUUCUAUCUAACUCUCUCUCUCUCUCUCUCUGUAUCUAUGUACCUACUUAUCUGUCUAUUUUUCUCGCGAUCUAUCUCUUUGUCGAUCUAUCUAUCUAACUCUUUCUCUCUCUCUCUCUAUAUAUAUAUCCAUCUAUCUGUCUGUCCUAUCUAUCUAUCUAUCUAUCUAUCUAUCUAUCUGUCUGUCUGUCUAUUUUUCUGUCUUUCUCGCGAUCUAUCUGUCGAUCUGUCUACCUCUCUCUCUCUCUCUCGCUAUCUAUCUAUCUAUCUAUCUCUCUCUGAAAGUUGGUGCUGCAGUGGAAGAGGUUGCGGGGUGCAGGUGA